AUGUAUCGCUCAGUUGCCUUUUCCCUCCUCGUCUGCCUUGUCGCUGUCAACGCUGCCGAUAAGAAGGCCGAGAAAGUCGCUGUCAAGGAAGGUGCUGGAUUCUAUGGAGCCAAUGUUGCCGCUUCUGCCCCUGCCCCAAGUUACAACUAUGGACAAGGAUACAACAUUUACCAACCAGUAAGCGUACCAGCUCCAUUUGCCCUUCCAAAUUAUGAUGUCAACUACUGCACAGUUCACGCUAGCUUCCCACUUGCCGACAUCGAGCGCAAGCACCGUCAUCACCGCUCCAAGCGUAGCUACGGAUACCCAGCUGCUUCUCCAGUCGCUGCCCCAACCGGAGGAUAUGCUUCUUAUGCUCCAAUCCCACCUUACGGACGUCCACGCAGAUUCGAUCGUCAAGGAUGUCGCCACACCGCUAUCUUCUCUCAAACCGCCUGUGACAUUUGCUGUAAGAUCUCUAGCCGUGGAUUCAACACCAACGUCGCUGAAAUCACUGGAGCUCUCUUUGUCUUCGACCCCGAGAACGACUGGGACCGCAAGAAGAACAAGGACAACAAUGAAGAUGAAGAGGAGACCAAGGCCGUUCAAUGCGUCUGCUGUGCUCCAAAGAAGAUUUAA